CCAAGUGCACUCUUCUCAUGUUACAUAUGGACGCAACGAAGGACAUAUUUUUUGGAUCUUAAUAAACGCUCUCUUUACUUUCUGUAGGGUUAGUUUUGAUUGCAAAAAGAGGACAAAAUACGAUUUGUAACGGCAGGGUGACUGUGAUAUCGCUCUAGUGUCUGUACAUCGUGUGUAUUCAUCGACUAAAAUGAGUUUCGUUUCGCUCCGUUCAAGGUACAGAGUGCGGUCAUGGCAACAUGACUGUCGAAGUAUUCUGCAAUAUGAUCAAGAGCGAAAAACUAGAAGAAAAGAAGCAACAUGAAUAAUCGCAGUUUAUCUACAGUCAGAAGAAGACUGAACAACACAUCGCCCUUCAUUCUGUGAUCUGAACAGAGUGAUAUGACUCAUCACAGCAGGUUUGUAACAUGUUCAUAAUAUUAACUCGAUAUGCAAGAGAUCUCUCUAAUUCCCUGUUUACACUUUGCGAGUCGAUGAAUAUUUGAAUGGUUUGUGAUGUUGACCUUUUAUAAGAAGAACUGCCCAUAAAGAGAACGCAUAGAACUAAUUUUCUUCCACCAAGGUCCGCCCACCAUAAGUGCUCCCCCAAUCCCUCGCAUUCAGUCGCGCGCCCUCGCAUUCUGUCCUUUCCCAACUUCCAGGAUUCAGCCGAACAAGCCUUAUUGCGACUACUGUCUAUCAGCUGAAAGUCCCCUUAGCACAGAAAGAAAGAGUGCUCGUGUGAAUGUGCAGGGAAACAUUUCUUCUCUUUCUUGUGAUUGAAUCGUAGAAGGACAAGAAUUUCAUACAGUUCCUCCUUAAACAGCAAGAGGAAGGAGAGGUUUUAUAAACGGAGAGUUUUCGUCAUCUGUUUCAUUCCAUAGAAGCGAACAAAUGGCACUAAUGCCGCUUUGGUUAUUUUCUCUAUUGCUGAUGAAAGGUGUGUUUGGUGUUGAUGCAGAUGAAGUGAAGUCAGUGUCAGUUAUGGAGGGAGAUUCUGUCACUCUACACACUAAUCUAACUCACAUACAGACAGAUGAUCAGAUACUUUGGCUGUUUGGACUUCAAGCGACUCGUAUCGCUGAGAUCUAUCAUCAGAAACCCAACACAUAUGAUAAAACUGGACGAUAUGGACGGAGACUGAGGAUCAACACUCAGACUGGAUCUCUCACCUUCACAAACAUCACAAGCACAGACUCUGGACUUCAUGAACUUCAGAUCAUCAACAGCAGAGGAACUUUGUUCCAGACAUUCAAUGUUACUGUCUAUAACCGUCUGACCGUUCCCAUCACAAACCAAACUCAACAUCUCAACAUCACACAUGACUUAAAGAAAUAUACAGAUGUGAACCGUUCACAUGUUUGUGCCAUCGCAGCAGCAGCGUUCAUGGUUUUCAUCAUGAUUGUUGUUGCAGUCAAACAUCGUUGUGUUUGUCUGUCACUAAACAAUCAGGGCAAGAAUGUAAGUAUUACAGCAAAUAUUACAGCAAAUACAACAAAUCUUGUCACCUGCUUUUUUUCCCAAGAGUUUCAUUUUAAACUCUCCCGUUACACACUUCCUUAUAUAAACAUUUACUUUUAAUUUAUUCACCCACAGGCCAUCCCAGCUGUAACAUAUACUGUGCUUCAGGGUCAAGUUUAUUAAUCCACUUAGGGGCCAUUUAUUUCUCAGCCAGCAGUAAAAAGACUAUAUCCACACCUUUCCAGCAGUUAUCUGUCAGUUUAGUAAAUCCUGACAGUAGGUUUUUUUUUACUUUUGUGCUGGCACAAGCUAUAUCACAAGAUAUGACAAUCAUUUCGUUUACUGAUCUGAUUAUAUAUUUGUUCAGUUAAAGAUUGUAGCUUUAAUGAGUGAAAUAGGCCCUAUGAGUGUUAUUGAUGCUUUUUAUGAACAUAUUUAAUCAAUAUUAGAUUAGAUUAGAUGAUUAGAUUAGAUUCAACUUUAUUGUCAUUACUCAUAUCCAAUUACAGUGUAACGAAAUGUAGUUAAGGUCUAACCAGAAGUGUAAUUUGCCCUUGUUCAGUGUAGUUUUACAGAGACCCACCAGGGAUAAAGUUUUACCACUAGCAGCUUGAAAAGUAGUUUUAUGCAGACAUUGUUUGUAGUACACUGUACUAAAUUUGAUUUCUGCCUCCCUUAAGACAGAUGUCUGAUGUCUCUGAUGAUGCUCAGCUCUUCUGGAUCUGAUGCUGUAAACCAAUCUGAUCACAUCUUUAACUGAUCUAUACAGAAGAUAAAAAAGACAUCAGUUUGCGAACUUCAACAAGCUGCUGAUAACUUUCUCUGUAUUUCUUAAUUUCAAUGUAUCUUAGCAAUUGAGAAUGUUUGUUAUAGUCUACUUUAUGAAUGCUUAUUACUUUUGACAUCUGUUACCCAAAAUGGCACUUUUGCGCAUUGCUGGGAUUUAGGUGUUACUUAGGAGUCACUCUCCAUUCGUCAACAGAAAACUGUUCCCCAUCAUAACAGUAUUGUUCCCGGUUGUUAGUGGCCUAUUUCAGCACUCGCACUGCAAGCACUCGCACUGCAAACACUUCUCAGGAAUGCUUGAGGAACAUGAUACAGACUUGAGGGUUUUACCCUUGCUUCCAAAGUGCCCAGAUCUCAAUCCAUGACAGUUCCUCUUCACAACCUCAGGACUUGAAGGAACUGCUGCACUUUUUUGUACAAUGUAUUUACAUUUUUGUAUUUUGUAUGUGUGUGAGUAUAUAAAUAUUCAAUAAAUGAAUUGCUCAUA